AACGUCACUUUUUGUAAUGUUCUAGCGGCUCAACAACUUUUGUCUACAAGUGUAAAAAAAAAACCAUUCGUUUUUUUUCUUGUGCAAAAUAGUUCACCAGAAAUUUGCAAUGCAAAUUCACUUAUACACAUUUAUUGGUCGAUUCUGAAUGAAAAUUUAUUAAAUUCUCCAUCGAAAAUUGAAAAUUACUUGUUUCAUAUUACACUCCAUUGGCUAUUGAUUGCGUAAAAAAAAAACAAUUGUCGCAAAUUUAUAAUUUAUUAUUUUUUGCAAAGUCUUGCUGCUUGUCCGUCUCCGUGUUGUUAAACAAUAAAAAUGGCAGAUGUUGAGAAGGCCGCUGCCGAAAGGAAAAACAAUAAUUUUAUUUGCGGUGUAAUUGAAGGUUUUUAUGGUCGACCUUGGACAACCGAACAAAGGAAGGAUCUGUUUCGAAAGCUCAAAAAAUGGGGAAUGGAUUCUUAUGUGUACGCUCCCAAAGAUGAUUACAAACAUCGAGCUUAUUGGAGAGAAUUGUACACGGUUGAGGAAGCUGACCAUUUGUCGAGUCUCAUUGCUGCAGCAAAGGAACAAGGUAUAGUGUUCUACUAUGCCCUCUCGCCAGGUCUGGAUAUGAAUUACAGCAAUCAAAAGGAAUUACAAACACUCAAACGAAAACUCGAACAGGUUGCUCAAUUCGGAUGCGAAGCAUUCGCUCUUCUGUUCGAUGACAUUGAGUCAGAAUUAUCUAAGGCUGAUAAGGAGAUCUUUCAAACUUUUGGUAAUGCUCAGGUUUCAGUUACAAAUGAAAUCUUUUCUCAUUUAAACAAUCCAAAGUUUCUCUUCUGUCCAACACAAUACUGCAGUUCUCGAGCUGUUCCCACAGUUACGGAAUCCGAAUACUUGAAUACAUUGGGAUCCAAACUUAAUGUUGACAUCGAUAUUAUGUGGACUGGUACUAAGGUUAUCUCGAAAAUAAUUACCCUAGAAUCAAUUCAAGAAAUAACCGAAGUUUUACGUCGUCCUCCUGUCAUAUGGGAUAAUCUGCACGCCAAUGAUUAUGAUCAGAAGCGUGUGUUCCUGGGUCCAUAUUCGGGCCGGUCUCCCGAAUUAAUUCCAUAUUUGCGUGGAGUAAUGACAAAUCCUAAUUGUGAAUUCCAUGCCAAUACAAUUGCCAUACACACUCUCGCUUAUUGGUCGAAAUGCAGCUUAGAUAAUAAGAUUAACAGUUCAUUUUCUGCAGAUAUAAAAUUGGAAACGGAAAACGAUGAUGGCAUCAGCAACGAAGGAGUCCCUACUUGUUUGUCAAAGAACAUUUACCAUCCGAGAGUUGCAUUAAAAAACGCAAUUCUGGAAUGGUUGCCUGAGUUUUCGGUUGAAAAAGAAGCUUGGGGACCGAUUACUAAACCGCAACCUCAAGUUACAAUGGUUAUGCCAAUUAUCCCAAUUAUUCCGUCUAUAAAUACAUGCAUGAGUCUGACAACCACAACAACAACAUCGACAAAUUCAAAAACAUCAACAGUUCCUGAAGUGAACACCAACCAACUACAAGCACUAGCCGAUGUUUGCAGCACAGUAAAUUCGUCAAGUGUUAAUCCAAUAUCGAAUGCUGUAAUGAAUUCAUUAGUUUCAGCCACUAAAGUUGUUACUAAUGAUGAUAUCCUAAAUCCAAUAACCACCAAUGUUGCAACCACAAUAGAAAUGCCAAAAAAGAUACCCAUAUCCAGUGUCCCAGUGCCCAUAAUGCAUGUGAAGAAUGAAGUUGAAGAAACUAAGGCACCUAUUGAAGAUGUUGAAAUUAUCAAUUCAUCAACAAAUGAUGAACCUUGUGAUGAAAUUGAAAUUAAGACUUCGUCGAUUAAGACAAAUAAUGAAAUUGAACCUGCGGAUUAUCCAAUCGAUGAUGAUUGUUUGACGAAUGAAGUUAAUCAAGCAAAUGUGAUUACGGAACCAGUUACAUCUUCUACAUCUGUAAAUGAUGUAGUAGAAAAACGAGAUGGAAUCGAUGCAGUUCAAAUGGAAGAGAAUAAUUUGUCACCUUUUAGUGGUAACGAACCGAUGGAAUGUAGCAGUAGCCUAGCCUCACAAACAUCUCCCAAGGAAGUUGGCAAAAUUGGUUCCGAUGAUGUUAUUAUGUCUGAGACAGUCAAUGAGUUUAAUACUUGUUCGGCAAAUAGUAUGCAGGUAGAAAGUUCAGAACCAUCACCCAUAUCAAAUACAGAAAUGGCCGACGAUGAUGAUAAGCUCAACGAUCAAUUGAUAACCGUAGAUGACUUGUAUUUACUAUGCGAUCUAUUUUACCUUCCAUUUGAACAUGGUAGUCGUGGCUCCAAGUUGCUGAACGAAUUUAAUUGGCUCAAAGCAAAUGCUAGUGUGUUAUUGGGUGUUCGUAAGAAAAGUGAUCCUCCUAAACCAGAAGUUGUUGAAUGGGAAGAAAGAGCUGAAAAAUUUUCUGGUCUAUGUCAAUCGGUGCAGAAUCUCUCUAAUAAAUUAUCUCGCUGUGCAAAUAAGGAAAUAUGCUAUGAUCUCUUUUCGUAUGUGUGGGAUAUGGCGGGGACUUUAAUGCUUUUGAAUGCAUUUGUUAAAUGGUUAUCUCUUGCUCAUUUCCCAAGUAAUGUUUAUUCAUAUACCCAAGGCAGUUAUACAUGGUUUAGUAAAGGAUGGAAGGAGAAUUUUAUGUCUGGUGAUCAAGAACCGUGGGUAUUCCGAGGUGGUUUAACUGCAGAUUUACAGAGACUUAUGCCUGUAGAUUCGGGCAACGAUCUGUUCAUAUAUAAGCUACCCGAUGCUCCAACAUCAUCCUAUUACACUAUUCGACCUUUCACUCUGAUAGACGAACCGGCUGUGAAUAGAGUUUGUCAAGAAGUUUUCAAAACAACCGAUCAAAUUCUGCCAGGAAAUCUCGUCGAAAGCAUAUCCGACAACACUGUCGGACCAUUCAUUACGCUCACCCCUGAAUUCUGCAUGGUAGCAUUGAAUUCAUUCAAUGCCAUCAUUGGAUAUGGAUGUGCCGCACCUGAUCUAAAGACAUUCGUCCGAAACACUGAAAUGUGCUGGAUACCAAGUAUGCACGAAAAAUAUCCCCUCAGUUUACUUGAAACCACAGAGAACAUUGACGACACAACAAAAGACAUUAUCAAUGGAUUCUACAAUUUUAAAUACGAUUGUCCACAAGAAAUCCUCGUUAGUCAUCCGUCAGUGAUGACAGUUGGCAUACUCAACGAGGAUCUGGCAAUGGAUGGCAUAGCUAAGCGACUGGUAACUGCUUUAUUGGCAGCCCUACGAUCAAACGGUUCCUUCGGUGUACAUGUCCGACUAACCGACAAGGAAACCAAUCAGAUACAAUUUUAUACGAAACUAGGAUUCACCGAAAUCCAUCGUGAUGUAGAUAGCGGACAAAUAUACUUUGGAAGGCAUUUCUAGCAAAGACAGAGUGAACUAUUAGUUUUAAAACAAAUCAAAAUAUGAGAGAGCGAAAGAUUGUGCUUUACAAGUUGCUUGUAAGUUUCCUUUUACAAAAAAAAAAAAACUGGGUUUCUAUUAUUUUUUUUUUUAAUUUUGUUUUGGUUUUGCGUAUUUCUUAAAAAAAACUCGAACAAUUAUUGCAUUUAGAAAACUUAACGAAAAAAAAAAUGUCAAUUUGCGAUAGAAGCCUAUACAUUCUCUUCACUCAACUCUCAACUGAUUUCUAAUUCCCCCAAUGAUGCACAAAAGUUUAACCUUCAUUGCACAUUUUAUUCUUGAAAUCUAAAAAAGCUAAACAUAUCUCCUCUAAAAGAAGAAAAACAAAUUCUGCUAUUGCUGCUGUUGCUAAUGCUCUGACAAAGUUAUAAAGUUGAGAGAUAAAGUCUUUUAUACUCGUAGAUUGGUAUUUUGAAAAUAUCGACUUUUACUGCCUUAGCUUGUUAAGGAUACAAAACUAGAAAAAAAAAGCCAGUUACGCACGCGUUUCAAAAUACAUUGUGUAUCGUUUAUGUUUUGUUUCUUCUUAAAUUUUCUUUCCUUUUAAAGUAUUAUCGUGUUGUGUUUUUCUCUUAUUAUUUUUUUUUCUAUGGUUUUCGUAAAAAAAUAACAAAAGUGGGUUGUUAUUUAUUUUAGACCGUUUCCUAAUAAAACAAUGAGUUGAUAUUUUUUUU